AUGAGGCACACCAAGGUAUCGCAACGAAACUCAAGCUCGUGCACAAUCUUGUGGGCGCUGACCGUGUUAACGAGCUUGAUUUUGUCGGGAUUUUUCAUCGCUCCAAUUGUUCAGAAGUUUUCUGAUAGCCCAACUUAUACCACGGUGGCCAAUACCAAUUAUCCCAUUUGGCACUUGGAUUUUCCUGCCAUUUCCAUUUGUCCCAAUAUCCGUAUUGAUAGCAAACGAUUGAAAGAAGUCCUGAGGAAUGAACCAUGGUCCAAAUUGGACAAAUACUCGCUGGAUCAGGUUCUCCCGAAAGUUUUGAAGAAAUACUUGUUCCUUCCCGGAAUGGAUUCGAAUUUUGAGGAUGUUGAGGCUGAUAUGAAGUCUUUUGUGGAUCAAUAUCAUCAAUACAUUCCACAGUUAUUAAGAUCGUCCAUCUAUUCCUGUCAGUCCUUGUUCCAAAAUUGCAAAUGGCAAGGUAUAGCAACACUUUGCUCAGAUUUGUUUGAAAUGCGGAAAACCGAUUUAGGUUAUUGUUGCUCAUUCAAUACAGUCCGACAAGCCGAGCAAUUCGACUUCCAGGAUGAUGAGGGCUUUUCCUUCCACAAUUACUAUGGGGAAGACUAUUUUGAAUUGGUUGAUUACACCUUGGAAAAUAUGUAUGACAACGAUGAAAACAUUUAUGCAAACGAUGAAGACCCAACCAAAAGGAAAAGGAGAUCAACACCGGAGGUCUCAAAACCCAAAGUGACACGCCUUAGACGAACCAAUAGUGCUGGGACAUCUCUCGGUUUAUCGUUUUCUAUAGUGAUCCCUGAGCGCUCGACUGACGAUUACACAAUCGCUGCUUUCGACGGGUUUAAGGUUCAAAUCCAUAGUCCUUAUGAUUUUCCGGAAGUUGAAGGCCGUGGAUUAGCUGUGGCUACAAACCAAAUAGCCUUCAUUUCGGUCUCGGCCUCUAUUACACGAAGCACUGAAAACGUCAAGGCUAUGAACCGAGACAGACGCAAUUGCUUCCUAAGCGACGAAGAAUUAGACGAUUACUAUAUUGCCGAUGGUGUCCAAUUCAAUACUUUCGAUAACUACACCCAGAAAUCGUGCUUAUUGGAGUGUCAAGCUCAUCUUAUCUUUAAAGAGUGCCAAUGCAUUCCACACUAUUUCCCCAGCUUUUCCAAAGCCUUGGGUCAAAAUACGACUUGUAAUCACACUGGUCUGGAUUGUCUUAUAAAUCACCAGCACCUGCUAAACGCCUUGAAACCCGAUGAUGAAGAACAUAGCCACCAACUUAUGGAAGGGGCUAAAUGCAAUUGUCCUCAACAAUGUGACGAGACCGUGUACAUGACGGAGUUUUCUCAAGUUCCAAAGUCGUCGUCCGUCUCGAGUAAAGAGGCUGGAUUUGGCAAUACAUCGGACGUCUACGUCUAUUUUAAGCAGUUUGGUGUGAUUGAAUUCUCCCGAGAUCAACUAUUCUCGUUGGCAGAUCUCAUUGGAGCUUUGGGAGGAAUCAUGGGAUUGUUCGUUGGAUUCAGCGUUUUGAGUGGAGUGGAACUUAUUUAUUGGUUCACACUUCGGCUAUUUAAUAACCAUUGAUUGGCAAGGGCUGGAAUUUUGGUCUAAAAUGGUCUAAAAUGGAUUCGACGUUUCUGAAGACUUAUGGCAAAUUUUGAUGACAAUAAAACUAUUCGUGGCCUAAUAUCAGAUCAAAAUUUUGACUUUAUCAGAUAGUUAUUCCUUUAGAAACAUCAUUCAACGAGAAAAAAGUCUUUCGGGAGAAAAAGCUCUCUUUGAAAUAAACACUAUUUUUUCUAUUA